AAUUUUUAUUUCUACAGAAUAAAAUGAGCAUAUCUAACGAGACAAGGAAGAUCUUGGCAGAGCUGUUCCUGAACAUAGCAGAGCAUGAACUAAAUGUGGAGAACGCAAGACUAGAUCUAGCAGAGCAAUAUAGUUUUGAAUCUGUUGUAGGUUUCAACAGAAUUGAUGUGGAAAAUAUAGGAGAACUAGAUGCUGAGGACAUCAAAUUAUUUUGUGAAGACAAUGCUAUUAAAUGUACCCUUGGUGACGCAGCAAGGCUUAUUGAUCAGUAUGACGAGAAUGGCAAUGGGAGACUGAGCUAUACUGAGUUCUGACAGUUGAUCCUGCCUUCUACUAAUGAUAACCUAAGAGCUCUCGCAAAGAGCAGAGAAACUGAAUACAGAUACAUCCAAUCUGCUUAUCUCUCUGACCCUAUUGAGAACUCCUUAGCAAAGUUGAUUAAGACAGAAAUAGAUUACCAAAGAGCUAUCGAGACUAUUAAAACCGAGCUGAACAAUAGAUAUGACUUUUCAGCAACUAAGUGUUUUGAUGUGAUUGAUAAAGCAUACCCUUACGACUCCAUUGACAGAAAUGAAAUCAGAGACUUUGUUGGAGAAUACUAUACCAUCCUCUCGGAGGACGACCUCGAUGCUAUCAUCAGGAGGUGUGAUACAGACGAUGAUGAGCAGAUCAGUGUACAAGAGUUUGCUGAUGUUGUUGAGCGAACUCAAGUAAAUCCGGUUAUUAAAAAGUUCGCGAGCUCGUUUAAAAGAUCUUCAACUUUAAAAGGAUCUCCUACUAAGAGAUUAUCAUGGAAAGGGCUUUUCUCUACCUAUCGUGAGAGAGACCCAGAAUGGAGAUCCUCAUACAGAAAUCACAUGCCUGACUACAGUUACUCUCAAAGGUAUAGGAGUAGAUACGGCUAUCCUUAUGAAUAUUCCAGAUACCACUCACCUGAUCGUCUAUCAUGGAAGAACUUGAAUAAUUCGUAUAGGACUUAUCUGAGAAACCCCAAGUUCUACAACAGUGAUGUUAUCUAUGACCCUUACUAUAAUAGGGACUAUAGGUACUCCAUCCUAGACAGCUUUGUCAAGAGAAGGCCAGCUUCUACUACUAAAAGAAUUUCUCUGAACAGAAGGAAAUACGACCGCAUAGACGAUGACGAUAGUCUCGAAAGAGAAGAAGUUGACACUCUCAACAGGAGGCCAAGAACUAACUUUAGAACACUUUCCCAGAGCUUACUGAAUUAUUCAAGAUCAGACAGCCGCAAGAGGCUGUCGGCUAGAAAUCCAUGGAGAUAUUCCCUCUAUGACGGGAUAAGGAACAGACUUUCAGCAUCUCCUUCCAGAAGGAUUGUGACUCAUUCUGGAUACUCCCCUGCUAAGAAGGCAUUGAGAGACAAAUAUGAUGUAGCCCAAGAACUUGUUGAGGAAAAGAAGAUAGAACCAAAGGAGGAUAGAAACUCUUCAGCCAAGAAAACUGCUAAGACUUUUCACACUCUUGGUUCCUCUGAAGAAGACCUUUUUGUAGAAUCUCUAAGAGAGCUGGUGGCUCUUGAUAAGGACCUUGAAAGAGCUAAACAGUCUUUAGCACUUAAGACUGAUUUCACUCUGCAUGAUGCCUUCAAAGUUUUUGAUGGUAGAGAUAGAGACCAAGCUGAUAUAAAUGAUAUCAUUGAAGCAUUUAACCUAUUUAGAAUUUUCCCUACAGUUGAAGAAGCUAGACUUUUCUUAUCCAGAUAUGAUAUUAAUAAGAACAAUAAGCUCACUUUUGAUGAAUUUUGUGAUGCCUUCAUGCCCCUUCACCAAGGCACAGCUGAUAUUCUGAAGAGUAGAUCUGAGGAGUUCCCUAAUGGGUACUACAGAAGAAGAGAUGAAUUCAACGCAACUACGAUUGAUGCCUUCACUAGAGUACUACAACUACACCUAGAAGUUGAGGUCCAUGCUGAAGCAUUGAGACAAAGACACGAAGAGAGUCCAUAUUUCAGAUAUGACUCAGCCUUUUCAACACUCAACAAGUGGGGAGAUGACUACCUUACAGGCAAAGACUUUAAGGAAAUGUUCGAAAAGUACGGGUUCUACGCCACCAAUGAGGAGAUUGACAUCAUAGUCGACAGAUUCGACAAGGACAAGGAUGGAAAGAUCUCAUAUGACGAAUUCUUUGAUGAAUUCUCUCCUCAUUCUCCAGUCAAAGUAUAACAAGCAGAAAUUUUAAGUUCAAAUAAAUAACUUGU